UAACAGAGUGAAAUAACACCGCGCGCCAUUGCUUUGAGCAACAACUAAUAAUAUUCCAGGCAUAACUCUACAGUAAUUCCACAGGCAUGCCAAGGGUCAGCAGAUCUGUUUACUGAAAGGAAAGCCACCAGGAUUACAGUCUCUUUUGGAUAAUGAUUGUGGGUCUGGGCUACCUUCCCUUUGGACAAAUGCCAAGCCAGGCAGGUUGUAGGAGUUCAGUUCAGCUCCCAAGCUUCUCAAGCUAAGGAGAAAAAAAUUGCAGGUGAGUCUCAAAGGUAGAGUGAACAACACAGUUCACCCCAUCAUGAUUGCACCCUUUGUUCACUUCUGUACCAUCACUGCUGUGGAUUUCAGCUGAGCUCAGGAUGACUAAGUCUAAACAAGUACAACUUUUGCUGGCCCCCAGCUAUAGGUGUUUCCCUAACUUCUGGUCCCUCAGCCUUGCUUUUUCCUCCUAUCAACACAGAAUUUGGCCUCCUAAUUCCAGCAGAUGUAAGCCUUAUGCCUGUACAAGUCUACAAGUCAAAAGAGCUUUAUUUAAGUCUCUCAUUUUGUAAAUGUGCAUCUGUUCUGCAAAUGAUGACGUGGAGUAGUCCAACAGAAGAAAUCAUUAAUCAGGCAAACAUCCUUCCCCAAGCCCUCACUUCUGUGCAGUGGGCAGCCCAAGGUGCUACCAAAAGCCCAUCAUUCUAGCUCACUACCGAAAAAUAGGUUGUCCUCAUCAGCUCAGCUCGACAUUUUUGUUUGGUUACCUCUCCCAAUUUUCUUCUUGAGACUUCUUCACAAAUAGCACCUUGGCUUUCUCAUGCACCCAUAUCCUGUGUUCCCAGACUCUCUGCAGGUCCUCACACUGCCCUGGACAUUCUGGAGCAGGAGGGAGAAGUUAACUUUUAGCUAGCUACUCUAAGACAGGCUUCUUCAUGUUAUUCUUGUGGUCACUCUCUCUUGCUGACACAGUCCAAACUGGGCACCUCUGUUAUGCUGUAGCUGGACAGAAUCCUGGGGACUGUAGACUAACCACUGCAUUUGCCUGGAUUAGAGACGUUGCUUUAGAACGUGUUGCUGUUGAACCGGAGCUAACACAGAGCCUGGAGCAUGUGCUGUGGUGUGAUGGUUUGGAAUGCUGUGUGCUGCUGAACCAAAGAUGUCAGAAGCUCAGAAAUCAUCUAAAGUAGCCAUCAAGAAAAUGGAAGAUGACUUACCUCCCCCUCCCGUCCUUGGCUCAGUCCAGGUCAUCCCUCCAGGGAGCCAGGAUCUCAACUCACUCCCUGUGCCUCCUCCAAAGCAAGCCUUCUCCAAGUUCUACCAGCAGCGUCAAGUCAACGAGCUAAAGAGGCUUUACAGACAUAUGCAUCCUGAGCUCAGGAAGAACUUGGAAGAAGCUGUGACUGAGGACCUGGCAGAAAUGCUUAAUACUGAAGAUCCCAAUGCCCAGGCAUCUGUGAACCUGGACAAAGUCCUUCCAGGAGAGGUUCAGUCCAUGCGCUGGAUUUUUGAGAACUGGGCACUUGAUUCCAUUGGGGACCAUCAAGCCACAAAGAAGCUGACAGAAGAAGAGAUCAUUCUCAGUGGGGAUGUGAAAAGUACUUCCCUAAAGUUUGAAAGCCAGUCAAUCAAUGGGGACAGCCUGUCAACAUCAGCCAAGGUAUCAGAAACAGACCUUGCCAGAGGGGACGUGCAUACUGCCCGGUGGCUGUUUGAAACCCAACCACUAGAUUCAUUAAACAAACUGUAUUCAGAUGAAACUGAAGUGCAGGAGGCAGUUCUCAAGGAGCCUGUCCAGGGAGGUGAUGUGAAAGGUGCCAGACAGCUCUUUGAAGCACAGUCCCUGGACGCUAUAGGACGCUGCUGCUCAGUGGAGGAGAAGAGCAUCCUACAGCUGAAGUCAGAAAUCCAGGAGCUAAAAGGUGAUGUUAAGAAGACUGUCAGGCUCUUCCAAACAGAGCCCCUCUGUGCCAUCAGAGACAAAACUGGAAACAUCCAUGAAAUCAAGUCUGUCUGCCGAGAGGAAAUUCAAAGCAAUGCAGUCAGAACUGCUCGCUGGCUGUUUGAGACUCAGCCCUUGGAUACCAUCAACAAGGACACUUCCAAAGUGCAAAUAAUCCGUGGGAUUUCAUUGGAAGAAAUUGGAAGGCCAGAUGUCAGCGGAGCAAGGUGGAUAUUUGAAACUCAACCUCUGGAUGCCAUCAGAGAAAUCACUGUUGAAGAACAGGAUUUCAAGGCUUCAACAGAUUUUGUCACAGGGGCAGAUGUCAGUAAGCAGCGACUGCUCUUUGAGACCCAGACUCUUGAUUCUCUAAAAGGAGAAGCUUCUGAAAGUGUUGCAGCCAAAGAACAAGUAAUUGGAGGUGAUGUAAAAUCUACACUCUGGCUAUUUGAAACCCAGCCAAUGGAAACCCUGAAAGACAAUUUCGAAGUGGGACAUUUAAAGAAAGUGGAGCUUUCAGCAGAGGAGAAGGGAGAUGUGAAGCAAAGAAAACAUGUCUUUGAGACAUGUCCCCUUGGCAGUAUCUCCAAGUCAUUUGAGGAAGGAAUUCCAGCCACCAGCAUGGAAGAGGUAGUGAAAGGGGAUGUGAAGUCUUUCAAGACUCUGUUUGAGACUCUUCCCUUAGACAGCAUUAAUCAGGAUGAUGCUGAACCUGUCACCAAAGAAGAGGAGAAGAUUCCAGCUGGCAAUGUCAAAGCCAACCAAAUUCUAUUUGAGACAACACCUCUGUAUGCCAUCAAGGACAGCUAUGGCAAUUUCCAUGAAGUCACCUCUGUAAGCAGAGAGCAAAUCAUCAGUGGUGAUGUCAAGAACUACAAAUGGAUGUUUGAAACCAAGCCCCUGGACCAGUUUGAUGAAAGCAUCAAGAAAGUGGAUAUAAUACGGGGGAUCACAAAGCAAGAGGUGAUGUCUGGUGAUGUCAGAACAGCCAAGUGGCUCUUUGAAACUCAGCCUAUGGAUGUCAUUCAUCACCAAGCCACGCAAGGUGAGGGGCACCCCUCGGUGAAGCGGGAGAUCUCCCAGCGGGGGGAUGUGAAGACCUGCAGGUGGCUUUUUGAGACCCAACCCAUCCACACCCUGUACGAGAAGGCUGAAAAGAAAAAGGAGGAGGAUGGCAGUGUGCCCCAGGCUGAUGUGAAGUCAUACACAUGGAUGUUUGAGACUCAGCCCCUGGACUCCCUGAAAGGCCAAGAGGAGCAGUAUUUACAAGUCAGUAAGGCAUACAGCCAGGAGGAAUUACAAGGAGUAGAUGUCAAAACUGUCCGGCACCUAUUUGAGACUGAACCCUUGGGCAGCAUUGUUGCUGGUGAAGCUGAUCGAAAAAAACCCAUGCGGUACUCCAGUCGUGUGGAGAUACAGUCUGGGGAAGUGUCCAGAGUGAAGGAGUUCUUUGAAGCUAAACCCUUGGAUGCAGCCAAGAAACCAACAUCCCCAAAGAAUGAUGGGACAAUCGAAGCCGGAUCUGUGCAUAAGUUCACUUGGCUCUUUGAGAACUACCCCAUGGACUCCCUGAAGGAUAGCUCUGAGGGUAUCCAGGAAAUCCCUCCAGAGAAGGAUAUCAAGGCUGGAGGCAAAAGGUUCGUAUUUGAGACCUAUUCCCUUGACCAAAUACAUGACAAAGUGGACGAGACAGAGCUCCAGAAGAUCCAGAAAGACACUAUGUGCAAAGCUAAUGUCAAGUCCUGCACAAUGCUCUUUGAAAGCCAACCCUUAUAUGCUAUCCAGGACAAAGAGGGAGGAUACCAUGAGGUCACCUCAGUGCAGAAAGAAGAAAUCAUGAAAGGUGAUGUGAAAGGCGCCCGGUGGCUGUUUGAAACUAAGCCCCUGGAUCAGAUCAAGAAGGAAGAAGAGGUGUUUGUGAUUAGGGCAGUCACCCAAGAGGACAUCAAGAAAGGAGAUGUCCAGGCUGCCCGGUGGAGGUUUGAGACAGAGCCUCUUGACUCCUUCUCAGGGGGAAAGAAGUCUGUGCCCAGAACAGUAGAUGAUGUGCAGAAGGGAGAUGUUCAGUCCAAUAAGCAGCUCUUUGAGUCCCAGCAAGUGGGCCAGAAGAAGUAUGUGAGGAUGGUCAGCGUCAGCGAUGUUCAGCGGGGUGAUGUGAGGACAUCCACUUGGCUUUUUGAAAACCAGCCUGUGGACUCCCUGUAUGGGGAUGCGGAGAGAAGCUCAUCUGUCGGUACAGUGCAGAGAGAGGACAACCAGAAAGGGGAUGUAAAACGCUGCACCUGGUUGUUUGAAACCCAGCCAAUGGACACCCUUAAGGACCCAGAGUUGAUGGUCAGUGCUGGGGCCCAAGAAGCUAUCCCUCACGCAGAUGUGAAAAGUACAACGUGGCUUUUCGAGAGCACACCUUUGGAUCAAUUUACUGCUUCUGAAGGUAGCAUAGAAACAGAACUGAAAGAAAAGACCAUGAAAGAGACUUUAGAAAUGCUCUGCACUUGCCAGGCUAUUCAGCAUAAUGGGAUCCUCAUUGAAGCCAAUGAUAUGGAGAGCGUGAAGAUGGUGAAGUACCAGCUCAGCAGCCCAGGUGCUCCAGAGAUCCUGAAAGAGGAGAUUGUGGGAGGCCAUUUGCAAAGGAUCAUGCUGCAGCUCCUGCACAGAACCAAUGUAGAAGCACAGAGUAUACUGGUGGAGGAGGACAGAGAGGGCAAGGUCAAAGUAAGCCCAUUGCAGCUACUGGACCAGAGUGAAGCUGUUAAAGGCGAAGAGGACUUGAGUGGAAAUGUAGCUAAGGCUUUACAGGGUCUCCUCAGUCAAGAUGCUUCCAUCAAAAAGGGGAUGGUCUUACAAGAGACAAAAUCAGGAUCAGUGAAGAUGACUCUCUACUCCCUCCUCUUCCAUUCUGUCCAGCAGAAAGUUGUCAAGGGGGAUGUGAAGUCAACAAUAGGGAACCUGCUGGCUUCUUCUCAGGAGCAGAAAGCAACAGCAACCAUUAAGCGUGAGGACAACGAGAAGGGAAAUGUCCAGCUUUUUGCGAGCUGCAUUGAGAAGGGAGAUCUAGACUACCUGAGGAAUCUCCAGCAGCAGUCAGAGAUACAAUCCCUCAUCUCCUCCCAAGCAGAGGAGGGGGCAGAUGAGAGUGUCCCAUGGGUUGUGCAGGGGGCUAAUAUACAUAUCUUACCAAAUAAAGAACACAUAGAGAAAGUAAUUGCAAAGGGUGAUCCAGGGGCUAUGGAGGGAGCAAAGAAGGUAUUCACAUGUGAAAGCAUGGGCAAAGAGGGUGCAUUAGAGAAAGAGGUUGUGGAUGCAGCAGGUGUGACAGGCACCACUGUGCAAUGCCUUGGGAAGCCCCUGCCCACGGUGAUGGGAAAAGAAGAAAUUCUGUCAGGAGGACUUAGAGUGACUACAAAGUCAAUCCAAAGGGUUGCAGAUGGCGGCAAGAAGGCAGAGAAAGAAGAAGCCACCAGUGCUCAUUUGAAGGAACCCAAAGCUAUGAUGCAAGGCAAAUUUCCAACCCAAGUGGCAGCUCAGGGAGGAGAAGUGCCUGGGAAACAGCAGAGUUUGGUGACUGGCAGAGCCAGCCAGAUCCAGCCAGAAGAAAAGGCCCUUGGGAGUGAUCUUCAGACUGCAAUGCAGAGCCUGAGGCUAGCAACAGCAGAAGCGAAAAACAUUCAACACCAUGUCCAGAGCAAGCUACAGAGGAACAAGGAGGAGGUCCACACAGCCUGCAGGCAGCAGGCAGCCAGCACACAGGGAACAGUGACCCUUCAAUCAACCGUACGCCAACAAGAUUCUGCGUCCACUACACAGGAGAACACCAGCACUGCCAUCAGGACCACCACCACUAGAGUGCAGGAGGCAUCCAAGACCCACACAAGUGUGUCUCAGAAGAGCGUAGCAUCGCACAAAAAGGUCAGUGCUUCAGAGGAAGUACAGGGAGGACAACUAUUGAGCCAGGAAAGCCAAGUUGUGCCCAGUAGAGAUUUUAGCAUUAAGGAUGGCCUUUAUACUGCCACACCUGUGAAAACCUAUAUAAACCCUUUUGUUGAGUCUGAUUACAAAGAGCAAUCAGUGCAAGAAGAAAGAGAUGUUGUUGUCAGAGGGGAUGUACAGACAGCUAUCAGAGCACUGCAAAGUGCCGCCACAGAACAGCGCCUGGUAGAAAAGGAGGAUGUUGUCCGAGGUAAUUUAAAAGCCACACUUCAGUCGCUGGAGAAGUCUAACGUUAAUGUCUCCAAAGGGGAUUUUAAAGCCGCUAUGAUAUACAGAAAUGCAGGGCAGUCCUAUUCUGUGUGUAAAAAGAAAAAUGAGUCUCAAGUCAUUAGUAACCAGACUGCUGUAGUGGCUUCAGGGUCGCAGACUGAUAUUGACUUUCCUCCUCCUCCUCCCUCAGUUGCUGUGAUGAAAGCAGAGCAUUGCCCACCCUCAACUAAAGCAACAAGAGAAGGUGCCCUUCCACUACCAACCAGCAAAGAUGAAGCCCCAGGAUGUUCUGCACCACUCCAGACCCCUCCUCAUGCCCUUCCUUCUCUGUUCUGCAAACCCACUGAUCAGAGUCCUGCAGAGAAGCCCAGGACUCCUCCAAAACCAGAAAUUAAUGCCCCACCCAGGAAAAAACCUGUUCCCCCUCCAAAACCUGAGCACCUCUUACACGAGGCACAUUCUGCCUCUGCAAGUAACAGCACAAGCAGAUCAACCAAACCCAUCCCUCCACCCUUGCCUCCAAAACCUGCAGGCCUGAGGGAGAUCAGCAAGCCAAAGCCUUCCCUCAUAGAGCUGGGAUUAAGCUGCAUGGAAGUAUGUGAACAAUCAGACCAUGCAGAGAUUCAGGCAAAAAGCUGUGCUUUGGAGACAUCUGUGAACAAGUCUGUCACAGUUCAGGGUAUGAACCCUGAAAGAAAGCUGCCAAAAACCAUUGCCAAAACCCCUCUUCAAAUUGCAGAGGAAAGGUACAAGGCUAGCAAAGGAAAACAAGGAAAGGUGGAAUCAGUUAGUGUGAAGACUUUUAAGCCAAUAAAAAAUGGAGCAGUUAGUUGUGAAGUUGAGCAGGGCAUGAUGAAUGGGAAAGCAGCAGCUCCAAGAUGUCCAGGUGAGGUGGUUCAGAGGCAUACAGAGCUGUGCCAAGACAAGAACGGGUGCUCUUCAGUAUCACAUUCAACCUGUCCUGGUAGAGCACAGCUGCUUAAUGUGCCAGGACAGACUGAGCCAAGUGCCUUCCCUGUGGGUCACAACACUCUUCCAAAGAGAGGACUUGACAUUGCACAAAAUGCCUCAUCCAAGGUGGAAAGAGAAAGUAUGUCUAAUUCUUACGGAUCAUGGGAUAGUCAGAGAGUUGUGCAGCAGGUGAAUGAAAGGAGAGAAACGUGUCAUUCAAUGUCCUUCCAUCAGCAGACAAUGAACUCCUUUGAGAAACAACAGCAGGGGAACAAUGAGCAAUUUAAAUGUCCUGAUGGAGAGGCAGAGACACCUGCCCAGGAGAAGCCAGCAGUUGUUAUGCGAGAGAAAAACAAGAGAGAAACAGAAGAUGAGCGUCGGAAGAGAUUGUCAGUACACAAAGAGGAGAUCAUGAAAGGUAAUGUCAAGGAGGCUAUGGAGAUCUUUGAGAACCUCAGGAGACAGGAGCAGCUGCAAGAGAUCUUGACUCGAGUGAAGGAGUUUGAGGAGGAGACAAGCAAAGUGGACGUGAAAGCUCUGAAGAGCUUCUUUGAGAAGGUCCCUGAUUGGGUCGUUCGUCAGAAGGCCCAUCAGGCCAAGCAACAGGAUAGGGCUGAUACGGUGGCAAAGGAGGACGCUGACAGUGUGUCCUCAGUGGAUCUGGUUUUCGGGGACCUGGAAAGAGCAAGUGCUGAGAUUAUCCACCUGAAGGAGCUGACACUUGCCCGGCUCCAGGACAUUGAGGAGGCCAUCAGAAAAGUUCUUUGUUCUGUCUCUAGUCUCCAGUCUGAGUCAGACAUCGCUGGGCUCUCAGGGCUGUUCAAGGAGUCUCUGGGGAACACCCAAAGCUCUAUGAGCAGCAGCAAUAUCCGUAAAAUCAGUAUUGUCUCAAGCAAAGCCAAGCAGGAGGGAGUCACACUGGAGACAGGGGAAGCAGCAUCUGUGGAAGAUGCAAAGGUGGCAGAAAAGACUGAGGUAACCAAGGCAGAGCUAGAGGUCCCCCGCCUAGUUCAGUCUCGUGUCAGCUCUCCCUCCUCACCUUGCUACAUCUCCAUCGAGUCUGCUGCCAGGAAACCAGCAGAAUCACCCAAGACAGCACAUUCCCCCUGGGAUGUUCCUUCACCAGACUGCCCUGACACUCCAGGAAAAAGGGAUGCUUUUUCUCAGGACAGCUUUAACUCCUUUAACCAUCCAUCAGUAGAAGAGAAGAGACCAGAGCCUGUCCAAAAAAGUGCUGGGCUGACCUCAAUGAAACAGCAUAACCUUGGCAAUGCCAACCAUACGAUGAGUGAGAAAGAGAAGUCCCCUCUGGAUACCUCCAAAGGCAGCUGCCACUGUGGGAUGAAAGGAGGCUUUUCGGACUACUCCUCCCUGAAUGUCCCGAGCCCACAAAAUCCACGGAGGCAGAAAAGCAUCUUGGAGCUGCAGACAGGGCCCGAUGGGUCUAAGCUCUAUGGAGCCACCCGGACUGUCAUGGAGCAGUAUGAGGAAAUGGACCAGUUUGGAAACAAAAUCAUCACUUCAUCCACCACAGUCACCAAGCAAUCUGAGACACAAACAUCUUCCACAUGUGAUGUAGUCUCUCAUCCUCAGUAUGAGGUGUCUGCCUCACCAGUGUUUCGGAGGUACUUGAAGAGUCCAGGCGAAGACUUCCACACCAAUGGCAGUUUUCAGGAGCCAGGAGUGGUCUUUGUCACCUUUGGCAACUCCAAGCCAAAGAAAUAGGAGAUUCUGGAGAGCAGAAGAGAACUAUUUAAGAUUAAAAAAAGAAAGUCCAUAAUAAAAAAUAUCUCCUGCUUUAUCCACAUUACACACAGGGAUUAAUCUACACUCUAAGGACUUCUCAGGAUUAUCGUCUUGGCAUUUGCAUACAGACAGGACAAAUGCAGUCUGCCUUGACACUGGAGGAAAACAGCCCUCACUUGGCCAAACCAACAGACUUGGUGCUGCACCAUAACCCAGAGCCCUGACACUGUUAGAAGCACAAGGGAAAAAUCCAUCCAUGAGCACCUUAGAGUAGCUUCUUCCCCCUAGAGUGUUGGGGCCACGGGAUGGGGUGAAAGCAGGUGUUGUAUCAGGCUUCUCUGAACUAAUGAAGAAGAAAGGAUAGGUAGGAUCAAUUAAAGAACCAAUCUGGUCAUUGGCAAACAAACACCUUUAUACUAUCUUUUUUUCCCAAGAAGGGCAUCCUAAACACACAUAUAUACACAAGCUCAUAUUGAUGGGUGGGUUGGAUAGGUUUUCUCUAAGUCAAAAGGAAAGGAAAA